AGACAGGCAGCUGAUCAGCUGAGGAGGAGAAGUCAUCAGCUGAGCUGCAGGUUCUGUUGAAUCUAAUCAAACCCACGAGUCACCAGAACCGAGCCGAGGAUCUUUGUGAAGAUCCAUUUCCCUGGAGCUUCUUCCAGCCUCGCGUCCUCUUCCUCCGCCCGGCAGCGGUGCGUCGCGGCCGUGCGUAAAACCCCCGGCCGUGCGUAAAACCCUGGCCCGGCCCCCCUCACCCCUCCCCCCGGCACCGAACCUCCUCCGGACCGGACCGUGAGACUCCUCCACCUCCUCGGCGGUUCCACUGCGGCCAUGGACGUGUUCAAGAGCCGGCUGCUGGGCAUCUCCGUGGCCGUUGCGCACGGCGUCUUCUCCGGCUCGUUGAACAUCCUGCUGAAGUUCCUCAUCUCGAGUUACCACUUCACGUACCUGACGCUCAUCCAGUUCCUGACCAGCAGCACCGCGGCGCUCACCCUGGAGGCGCUGCGGCGGCUCGGGAAGGUCCAGAUCCCGCCGUUCAGCCUGCAGCUCUCCAAGGAGUUUGCCUCGGUGUGCGUCCUGUCCACGCUGCAGUCCACCCUCACGCUGUGGUCCCUGCGGGGCCUCAGCCUGCCCAUGUACGUCGUGUUCAAGCGCUGCCUGCCGCUCGUCACGCUCAGCAUCGGCGUGUGCGUGCUGAAGAACGGCGCGCCGUCCAUCGGGGUGGUGACCGCCGUGUGCAUCACCACCGGCGGAGCUGCGCUCGCUGGUGCUGGCGAUCUCACCGGCGACCCCUUCGGCUACGUCACCGGCGUGUUGGCGGUGAUCAUCCACGCCUCCUACCUGGUCCUGAUCCAGAAGACCAGCCUGGACAGCGAGUACGGUCCGCUCACCGCGCAGUACGCCAUCGCCAUCAUGGCCUCGCCGGUGCUGCUGGUGUGCUCCUUCAUCUCCAUGGACGUCAUCAACAUGUGGUCAUACGAGGGCUGGAAGGACCCGCACAUCACCAUAAUUUUCAUCUGCUGCGUCUUCAUCGGCUGCGCCAUGAACUUCACCACGCUGCAUUGCACUUACAUCAACUCUGCCGUCACCACCAGUUUUGUGGGUGUGGUCAAGAGCAUCGCCACCAUCACGGUCGGCAUGCUGGCGUUCAGUGACGUCGCGCCGACCCGACUGUUCAUCGGCGGAGUGGCGGUGAACACCAUCGGCUCCAUCACCUACUGCGUGGUCAAAUACUUUGAGACGAAGAAGAAGACCUUGUAUGAGGAUCUGGAAGAGGCGGGGAAGGAUGGCGGACUGGCCGGGGAGCCUUACCGAGAGAAGCCGCCGCUGAACGGUGACGGGCCCGCCACAGGCAAUGGACCCGAUUUGGCAGAACCACAGAUAGAUGGAGUGUUGAGCAGUUACUGGAAGGAGGAGGAGGAGGCGGCGGCGGCAGCGACCUGUUUGGCCAACGGACAGUUGUGGACAGGAGAUGUCGGACAAGGAGAUGGGGAAGCAGGCGUGAAUUCUUGUGUCAUGACGGAGAAAGAGGUGUUGGAGAUGCAGAGGGAGCACCUCCACAAGGAGACCUCCACCUCUGGUCAGUCGCUCAGUGACAGCUACGUCGGGGUGUGGAGGUCCAUCAGACAUCUGCACUUCAUGAAGAAAGAACCUUUGGUUGAUAACAUGGAGCAGCAGAGUCCGUGAGGACAGGACACAGACCUGGAUAGACUCCAGACAGGAAAACUGGGAACGAAUUGGAGAAUAAGAAAAAGUAUUGAACAUGCUGAAGAAACCAGAGGAGAAGAAAAGGAGAAGGGCAGAAUAAAAACAAGAAUAAACUGAACCUCUUUUAUCUGCAUUAAAUUAAAUGACCUCAAUGAAAAGCCAACGCUCGGUCUCGUCCCACCGCGCUUUGAGCGUAAAGACUGGCAACAGUCACUUUUAUUUUAGUUUGUGAAGAGAGUAACAAGGGGUUCAUGGUGGAUGAGGAGUUCUGGGAGAAGCUGCCUGUCAGAGAUAAAUUCAGCUUCCGCUCUCGCCCAGCUGUGUGGCGAGCAGCGCGGAACAAGCUAGCCACCGUUUAGCAUGAUUUGGUUUGGUCUGCGGGCCCACAGAUUAGGACAGCUAGCCAAACAAAACAAGUGCAUCAUGUGCAAAGUGAAAUAUCACAUCCAAUCAGGGAGCGGCAAACCAAACGGCAGACACCUGGACACUCUUUUUUUUUUUUGUUUGUUUGAUUGAAACCUGGCUGAAUACUUGUUUCUGAUUGGCUGUGGGGUGUGAAUUUAAUGAGCUUAUCAUGACGUGCUGCAUGAAAGAGACCGUAGUGCUAAUAUUCUAGCCAGCCUGAAGCAUGCUAGUCAUGAUUAGCCAUCCAACCUGGCUAGCUUACUGUCCGUGAGUGGCCAGAUCCCAGAUACGGUCGCCACCAUCUUGUGCCUGUGACGCCAUCUGGACCCAGAGUCUGUGCAGUAGUGAUGUCGACCAAUCGUGAGUCAGUGUCAGCUGUCAAUCAUGAUGUUUCACCCCAUUUUUAUAUCAUUAAAUGACUAAUGAAAACCAGCUGAGCAGAAACACAAACUCUUCAACAUCAAUGUGAUAUGAACUACCUGAAAUGACAGAAACCAUCUUUAGGGAAAAAUGUAUUUGUCAGGGGGCGGGUUUAUGACCUAUAGUGCAGCCAACCACCAGGGGGUGAUCCAGAUGUUAUGACCCCAUCUUUGGGAGCUGUCAUGUCAUCUAUCUUUAUUGUCAGUCCCUUGUGGCGAUAGCUACUGUAACUAGCUGAUAGCGAGUUAGCUUGGUUGCCAACAAGAGACUUACUGUAUUACCAACACUUAGAGAAGUCUAACCACAGCGCUGUCCCGAUUCAGGGGCCGCAUCCUUCAGUGACAGCUAAGCCGUCCCACUUCAUAGGCCCCUUUAAACAUGGCUGACAAAUUGCGUCCUUCAAUUCAUGAGCAACAAAGGCUUCAAUGGGGGGAUUGUUCUCGGUCCGACCGGUCCCAGGAUUCAUAGUGCACCGGUGACGAAGCUAUCAAGCGAGCUACAGUCCAAAGUAGCUAACGCUGGAGACCAAACAAGAGACAAGACCGCCUCAUUCCGGUUCGGCCUCCUCGGUCUAGACCCAUGUCUCUUUUGUGGAGCAGUUUAUUCUCAAAGUCAGAUUGCUAAUGGCCCACGUGCUACAAACGCGUCAUGCAUUUUAAGAUCUAUCAAGAUGGUUUGCUGUCGGUCGACGGUGCAAAUUCACGUAUCAGAGUGAACCAAAGUUGAACCAAGUUUGUUCGUUUUUAUGAUUUGAUUGGCAACAUCAAGCUGUAGUUUGACUUGGAUCAGGUUGCUGCUGCUGGUUUCUCUGUCCAAACCAGGGUUACCAUCGAGCUUCUGAUCCAACAAAACCCAAAUUCAAGAGCACCAUGUCUUCCCAGAAACGUCUUGGUUACUGUGAAUAUUCCACAAGUUGCCAAUAUUUCCCUCCCACAUUGAGAUGAAGGCGUCCAACACAAAGCAGUGAGUGGUUGCUGCUUGUUGUGUGAUUAAAUCGUUUCAAUGAAACACCUUGUGGAGGACUAUCCUCCUCGUUGUCUUUCUCCUGAUGCAUUUCUUUUGGAAACAGUUCUGCGUUUAAUGCUUCUUACUGUGCUGAAGGUGACAGAGAAUAUAAACCUCUGGACGGUGGUGGAAGGAAAAGAUGGCAGGUUACCAGCUUUGGUUAGAUUGGGACACCGGCCGGAUCCGUCAGCCAUAUCUGCUCUGACCGAAGAUUCAAUCAGAAUCAAGAUUGAAACGUCGUCCUUGAAUUACACUGAACGUAUCUUUUCUUCCUAGGCGUGAAAACUGGGUUAUGACACGAGGCACAAGUGAGGCAUCAUUCAAACCAGGGGCACAUCAGUUAAGCAGAAGGAUGCACCUUCUUUCGUAUGCAGCUAGGAGGAGGCAGUUAGCUUAGCAUAGCAUAGCAUAGCAUAAGGACAUGAGGCUACAGUCUGACUCUGUCCAGUCGGAAAACACACUCAACAGCAUUAUUCUCCCUCAAAAGUGCUUCUGGUGAAUUCUGGUCUGUUCGGUUCGGAGACACCGUCCGAUAAAAUCGGUCCGAAUCAGCGUCUGCGAGGAACGUGCGUGGGCCGCCGAGCCCAACAAAUGUCCCGAAGAAUUAGGUUUUCACAUCCGCCAACUGGAGUCACGUCUCGUCCACGUGUGGGCUGGAACUUCAUGGACAGACACAAUAAAUUAGCUGCUGUCUGUUCAACGAAGUAAACUUUAAAUGCCAACGUUUAGUACGUGAAUGACUCGUCUCGUAUCAUCAUCAGCCGAUCGACUCCGUGACGACUCUUCAUCUGCGACUGGCUCCAGAAAGAACAUCCUUACAACAUAUUUAUAGUCUCCCUCAAGUUCCACCGCGUUUCAUUGACAUUCUUGUAGUUCUAAGAUGCGACAGAUCAGAACAGAAACGACGUGCCACAAUAAUGAACUUUAGUUCUACAGGACUUUUCUUUACAACGUCAUAAAUAGCUUCACAGAAGGAUACACCGAUCAAAUGAAAUAACUUGAAUAAGAAUUCACACAGAGAUGAAGCAGUAAAGAUAGAAAUAUGACCUUGUUUCGCUGAUGGUCGUGUCUUGAUCCGCCACUGACGCCUUCUGCAACAUCUGCACGUGGACCCUACAGGUAAAGUUGAGGAACAGGUCGUAGUUGAUGGUCAGUACUCGGUUAGUAAUUUGAUGAAGGGAUGAUGAAACUGUGACUUUGUUCAGUCCGUGUCUGAUUUGACCAGUUUGGUUUGUCCGACUCGUCCGACUCUUCGAACUCUCAGUGUGUUAGUCGGCGGCACGUCGUCGUCACUCUGACCUGAACGCUGUGGAGGCCGUGAACCACCUCCCCCCGACUGGAACAUUUAUCUCUCACCUCUCGUCUCUGUCGCAGAGACGGAAGCUCCGGGCGCGUGGAGAUGUGUGGAGGGACGAAGCUGUCAGCCCCUGAUAUUGACUGAUAUCGACUUCUCUUCUCACAGUCUCAACUUCAUUUAACGCUACAAGAGAUGCGAUGUUCCCUCGAGCCGCGGGAGCCUGCAGGUCGUGGACGAAGAUGUUGUUUUGAAGCUUAGGAAAGAAAAGCAGAAGAGAUGAACGUAGCUGUUGAAGCAGCGCGAUGGCGUGUUCGGUGUUCGGAGGCGAUAAUGAGUCAGUGGGCGCCGCCGCGGCAGACGGUCGAUACGUGAUGUUCCAGGUGAAGCGUCCUCGUGAGGGGACACGUGAGUCAUCACAACCUUUGACUUCUGCCUUCAGACUUUCUGUACGUUUCAUUCAAGAUGCCGACAAGUGUGUGGUUGUUUUUGAAAUGUGAUUUUUAUUUUAUUUGACACGUUAAGUCUGAGGAUCGACGCCACGAUCUGCAGGAUAAUGACGCAAGUUGAAAUACACUUAAGACAGUAAAGUUACACCUUGUCACACCUCGCAAUUUAAAUCCACUUGAGACGUAUUUCACUUUGGGCCCACAGUCCCCUCAAUACAUCUGAUGUUCUCACCAUCAAGAUCCAACAAGUGAAUCGUCCUCUGAGGAAACCGACCCAAAUCUCGCAAUGUUAAAGGAAGUGAUAAAAAAAAAUCCUCACUUCUAAUGAGCAUCUUAAUGUUGCGUUGCAUCUGUAGCCACGCCCCCAGCGCUGAUGUCACGUUCCGUUACUCGUUACGAUGAUUGACUUUUAUAGAACAAGUGGUUCUGUUCUUUUUCUGUCUCCAGAGUCAAAAGGUCAUUUUGAGCCUCGUGCAAACUUGAAGCUAAACCUCAUCCACACCUGAACGCUGAUCCAGCCCUUCACACACACACACACACACACACAUGCACACACACACACACGCACACACACACUCACACACACACACUCACAC